AACGUCACACACAGCUGAUUUCCCUGCCGUGCUGAUUUUUCGAGCUUUUUUGUUGAACACACUGAUUUUGAAUUUUGAGGUUAAUUUCUCACCGCUGUGCUUUAGAGCGCAAUUUUUUAAUAAAUGCUUAUAGUGGUUUCUGACAAUGGCAAAAAUUGAUAAUAUUUUACUGAAAAGCAAGUUUAGGGGAUGUUUGUUAGGUUCCUUGAUUGGCGAUUGUUUUGGCGCGCCAUUUGAAGGUGAUGUUAUGACGGGUGGCGGUAAAGUGAUAUUGCAGAAAUAUUUUGACAAAUUGGAGGGAGCUAAUUUUAAAGGUCCCAUAAAGCAAUAUACUGAUGACACGGCCAUGACAAAAUGUAUAGUUAAAUCAUUAACUGACAAACCAGCAGUAGAUUUCAAAUUUAUGGCCCGUCUCUUCGUCAAGGAGUAUUUUUCCGACCCCAGAAGAGGAUAUGGGAAAAAUGUGGUAGACGUAUUUAGUAAGUUAAGGGCGAAUAAAUUCGAAGAUAUUUUCAAACCCGCCGAAGAGCAGUUUUCCGGCAUGGGCUCAUUUGGAAACGGCGGUGCAAUGAGAGUAGCUCCUUUGGCGUUAUAUUUUCAUGAUAACUAUCAAGCAAUGAUAAGGGCAGUUUCGGACGCUACAAGAAUUACACAUACUCAUAAGAAUGCAAUUAACGGCGCAAUACUUCAAAGUAUGGCGGUGCAACAAUGUCUAAGAUUAGAUCCGUCCGAAAAAGUCGAUACGCAUAAAUUCGUCAAUAACCUUAUUGACAAAAUGAGGAUUAUAGAAGUAGAAGAUGAGGGGUUAGAUACAGAAUUUCUGGCACCCUACAAAGAAAAGUUGGUCGAUGUGCAAAAACUUUUAGAUAGUGCCAAUGAUGAUACAGAUGAAAUCGUUCGGAUACUAGGAAAUGAUAUAUUUGCGUUGCAUUCGGUUCCUACAGCUAUAUUUUGUUUCUUAAGAGCCCAAUUGCCUAUUCCUAGGAUUACAACUGAUAAUAAACUUAGAAGAAGUAUCCAAUAUGCGAUUUCUUUGGGUGGUGAUACAGACACAAUUGCAAGUAUGGCGGGAAGCAUGGCGGGUGCAUUCCUAGGAGAUGACUACAUCAAUAAACAUUUACUUAGGCACUGUGAAGGACACAAGGAGAUGUCUGAAAUGGCUGACAAUUUAUUUGCAGUAACGGAAGACGUUGAUUCUGCAUAAUCAGAUUGCAAUAUUACAAUUUACUUAAGUGUGUAUUUGUAGCUAAGCUUUGUAUAAAGGUUGCACUUAUUUCAGAAUGAUAAGUGAUUUUAAUUAUAUUCAUAAUACUUUA